AUGUCAACACUACUGUUAUUCCUGUUUGCUUCUUCUGUAACAAGUCAAUUUAGUCCAGAUCCUCGACAAUACCAGGAUAGUGUCUUAAUUGGAAAUCGUUUAUUUAUCUUCGGAGGCUAUACGGGGAAGCCUCAAUAUACUAAUGAAACAAUCUAUCUGGAUUUGUCCAAAUCAUUCGACACUUCUCAUCCUCCCUGGAGUAAGGACGUAAAGGGUACUGCACCAAUUAGCGCAGAAUUUGGUACUGCGUGUUUAAGCCCUAUUGACAAUUCUACUGUCUACAUAAUUGGAGGAGUAGCCUACAAUGAAAUAUCGUUAGAAUUUGUCAAACCAUCAUUAGUAUACACUUUUAAUUCUAUUGAAUCAAAAUGGUCAGUCCUGAAUGCCUCUGGGCUUACAACAUUCGAUAGUAAUACGACCAACGUAUAUAACGAUAUGCAAGCAGUUAUGCGACAUAAUUUAGUGUUUUUGUUCAGCGGAACAAAUACAUUGAAACCAUCCGAAAGUAAUCUGAGCACUGUUAGUACGCUCGUUACAACUUUGAACGUUCUCAAUACGAGGACAAUGACUUGGUUAUCUUUUAAUUUUUCUAAUGCGCCUACACCCCGUGAAGGGUAUACAGCUACCCUCUUAAAAAAUGGUUAUAUCGUUUAUAUCGGUGGCACGGAAAAACCUAUUGGCGCUUUUAAGGAGACAAACGUCAAUAUGGACAAUAUCCCUCCCCUAAGAAAUUUGUAA